UAUGUCCCUGGCGCGUUGCAUUCUGGUCUUGGUAGUUUUCUGACCCAGAGGAAGCUGUUGUAGUGGAAUCUGAAGAAUUUUUGAGGUGCUCCGCCGCCAGCUCAGCCUCGUCUGGAUCGUGCUCUCCGCUGUUCUUCUCCACCACCACUAUAAGAUCCAAAGGGAACAGAAAUGUCUCAGGGUGAAAAACUAAAGCAGGGUCAGUUCACAAACCCAGAGACCCCGGGAUAUGUGGGCUUCGCUAAUUUGCCAAAUCAGGUUCACCGCAAGUCCGUGAAGAAGGGCUUUGAGUUCACGCUGAUGGUGGUCGGUGAAUCUGGACUUGGAAAGUCUACUCUGAUCAACAGUCUUUUCUUGACGGACCUCUACCCAGAGAGAGUCAUCCCAGGAGCAGCAGAGAAGAUUGAGAGGACGGUGCAGAUCGAGGCCUCCACAGUGGAGAUCGAGGAGAGAGGAGUGAAGCUGAGGCUCACUGUGGUGGACACGCCUGGAUAUGGAGACGCCAUCAACAGCCAAGACUGUUUCAGCACCAUCAUCAGUUACAUCGAUGACCAGUUUGAGCGUUACCUCCACGAUGAGAGCGGACUGAACAGAAGACACAUCGUCGACAACAGAGUCCACUGCUGCUUCUACUUCAUCUCCCCACUGGGACACGGACUCAAACCUCUGGACGUGCAGUUCAUGAAGGCCAUCCACAACAAAGUGAACGUGGUGCCGGUCAUCGCCAAAGCAGACACUCUCACCCUGAAGAGAGAGCGGCUCAAGCGCAGGAUUCUGGAUGAGAUCGACGAACACGGCAUCAAGAUCUACCACCUCCCCGACGCCGAAUCUGAUGAAGAUGAAGAUUUCAAAGAGCAGACCCGGAUCCUGAAGGCCAGUAUCCCGUUCGCGGUGGUGGGCUCAAACCAGCAGAUCGAGGCCAAAGGGAAGAAGGUGCGCGGGCGGCUGUACCCCUGGGGCGUGGUGGAGGUGGAGAACCCCGAGCACAAUGACUUCCUCAAACUCAGGACCAUGCUCAUCACACACAUGCAGGACCUCCAGGAAGUGACCCAGGACCUGCACUACGAGAACUUCCGCUCCGAUAGGCUGAAGCGCGGGGGCAGGAAGGGCCCGGAGCCGGAGGAAAUGGACAAAGAUAUGAUCCUGCAGGAGAAGGAGGCUGAGUUGAGACGGAUGCAGGAGAUGAUCGCUAAGAUGCAGGCCCAGAUGCAGAAGCAGGGAGAUGAUCUUUGAGUUGUUGCCAGAUUUGGGCCAGACGUCUCAGCCUGGACUGUUACUGCCACUAUCCUGCGUCAGCCCAGAGUGGGAUUUCCUUUGUACGACAUAUAGUCUAUUCACGAUGUUUCUUUAUCCAUGUUACUUUGUUGCUUGCUUUAACGACCUUUUUUAUUUGUAUUUUAUGAAGCAGUCGAAUGAAGUACGGCCACCUGACUUUUUAAAAACGCUGUUACUUUUAGUGUCCUUAUUUACGUUUGAAAAACCAAAGUCCUGCUGCUUGUGCUUUGGGUCGGUCGGCCUUAAAGCGCCUUUGCUCUCUGAAGGGCUGAAAUGGGAGUAGCAUAUUUGGCAACACUUUAAAAUAAAUACAGUUUUAAUAGCCUUAAAGGUGCACUAUGUAACUUUUCUGGUGUAGGGUCCACAACCGGAACAAGCGUUAAUUUUACAUAAUAAGGGGCAUUCUUAAUUUCUAUAAAAAAAACAUCCAUAUUGAAAAUGAAAUGUGUCUAUCCUGUUUAUCCCUGAGAUAUUCAAAAUAACAUAUGGCAAAGUAAAACGGUUUUCCAGCUGGAUCAGGGCUUGUUUCGGUGACUUUGAAGGUGCAUUAUGUAGCUUUUCUCAUGUAGGCUUCGCAAUCUACUUAUGUUAUUGCUUUGCCUGAAAUGUUACACAGUAUGGCAUUAAAUGUAUCUGUCUCCAUGAAGACAAGCACGUGACUCUACCAUGCCAAAUUACAAGUCAAAUCUGAUUUCAUGUUUUUUAAGAUAUUUGAAAAGUGCUUUACCUAAUCCCCAACCAAAAAGUUACAUAGUGCACCUUUAAGUCUAAUUAAAAUGUUGUUAUUUUAAAGUGGUACCUCAUAUUUAUACAUUUGCCAACAAGAACUCGGAACAUAACAUUUGAAGUAUAUGUUUUGCAUGCAUUUUUGACCCUGUUGUACGUGGGCUGUAGUUUUACCUUUGUAAGAAACAGUAUUAUAAACGUAUGAAUAUUCUGCCAUAGAAGCUCCACUCCUGUUACUCUAAUGUCUAUUUUUGGUCAGAAGUUACUAUUUACUGCCAAAUCCUGCGGGGUUGAGAUAAAAGUUCGAUGUAGCCAGUGUUUCCCAGUCACCAGCCAAAUGACAUUCCUACAGUCUGGUAGAUACAAAGAAAUUCCAAAUGCUUUUAUUGUAAUAAAGGUUUUAUUCAACUUUA